CAACAGUCACUGCACGCUGGAUUUUCAAAGAGGGUAAAGCAGUCAAUAUUUGGAGUAAGCUGCACAAUACCAGCUGGACACCCUGGAUAAAUAUUAUAAAUGCCUUACAAAUGCGUUGCUUAUGGCUGUGGAAAGAUCAGCGGGCAGAAUGUGUCCAUGUUCAGAUUCCCCAAAGACCCAGAAGAGUUCAGCAAAUGGCAGAGACAGGUCCAGAAGACCCGCAGGAACUGGCUCGCCAAUACCUACUCCCAUUUAUGCAACGAGCACUUCACCAGAGACUGCUUUGAACUCAAGUCUUAUGUCACUGCAAAGGCGUCGGGAUUCAAAAGGCUGAAGCUGAAAGAUGGAGCUGUCCCGACGGUUUUCAUUCGAAAACGGUGCCGUAAAUGUGGAGGGAAUGGUGUCUCCUGCUCCUUCUGUAUGAAGAAAAAGCAAGAAGCCUUUACUCAACCGCAACAGUUUGCACCAGAUGAGCAGGAAAAGACAUUUAUGGACGUCACUCAAAAUGAUGGUGAAGACUACAACCAGCUCAAUUUCAGUGAGGAUGGAGAUAAUGGAGCUGUAAAACCUUCUUCAUAUCUUGAUGUUUCUGCAGUAGCAUGUGAAAUGGUGGGAGCCGUUGGCAGCAUAGACACCUUCUUCUCAAGAACCAAGCGUUUCUGCAGUGCGUCCUGCUCACGUUCAUAUUCCUCCAACUCUAAAAAAUCCUCAAUUCUUGCAACGCCUUCAGGCCAUCGAAGUCACACAAACUGUCUCCGAAUAACACCGACUGAAGUUCUGAGGCCGAAGGUCAUUGAGCAGCAUCAGGAAAGCAGGCCAUUUGUACAGAUGUCUACUCUAGCUGGAUUCGACUGGGGAAGUUACCUUGAGAAGAGCGGUCUCCUUGCUGCCCCCGUGUCCUGCUUCAGACACGUACCACUCUGCGCUCAGUGGGAAGAUGUCUAUGUGGGGUUGAAAGUGGAGGUCCUGAACACUCAUACAGCCUUGCCUAGUAAGGUGUACUGGAUUGCCACUGUUGUACAGCUGGCAGGAUAUAAAGCUCUUUUACGCUAUGAAGGUUUCGAGGAUGAUGACCGCCAUGACCUGUGGUGCAAUUUAGGCACAGCUGAUGUUCAUCCUAUUGGCUGGUGUGCAGUAAAUAACAAGCCUCUGGUCCCUCCUCAAGAAGUCCACCAGCAAGACUGGAAAUCCUACCUGAUGGAGAGACUAGUUGGAGCACACACAAUUCCCGUUGACUUUCAUGUCAAGAUGGCAGACAGCUUGAGGUGUCCUUUCAGGCAGGGUGUUCGGGUGGAGGUGGUGGAUCGCUCACAGGUCAGCCGUACUCGUCUGGCAGUGGUGGACACUGUGAUAGGAGGUCGACUCAGGCUGCUGUAUGAGGAUGGGGGUCUGGGACCGUCUGGUGAGGUGCUCUCAGAUUUCUGGUGUCACAUGCAGAGUCCUCUAUUCUUGUUAAUUAUAGAUAAUAUCACAAAUGCUUUUUUUGAUGCAGAUACAAAUGUCAACAUGGGAAGCCAUCCAGCAUUUCGCAGAGUUCAUCAAAACAGUGUUCCAGAUCAGUUCAAGAAGUUAAGGACCGUUUACAUGGGAGCCACAUUUUUCAAGGAAGGCAUGAAAAUUGAAGCAAUUGAUCCUCUGAACCUUGGAAACAUCUGUGUUGCAUCAGUUCGUAAGGUGUUGCUGGAUGGAUACAUCAUGGUAGGCAUUGAUGGUGUCGAGAUUGGUGAUGGUUCUGACUGGUUUUGCUAUCAUGCCAGCUCACAUGCCAUUUUACCUGUCGGAUAUUGCGAGAACAACGACAUACCUCUUACUGUACCUCCUGGUUAUGAUCAAGCCACUUUCACAUGGCCAAUGUAUUUAGAAGAAACUGGAGCUGUAGCUGCUCCACAAAGACUUUUCAAUACGGAUGAUGUAGGCCACGGCUUUACCUCAGGUAUGAAGCUGGAGGCAGUGGACCUCAUGGAGCCCAGGCUGGUGUGUGUGGCCACUGUCCGGCGCUGUGUGGGUCGGCUUCUCCUCCUGCAUUUCGAUGGCUGGGAGCCUGAGUUUGAUCAGUGGGUAGACUGUCAGUCCCCUGAAAUUUAUCCUGUGGGCUGGUGUGAAAUCACUGGUUACCAGCUGCAGCCACCCAUUGGCCCAGAACCACCUCAAGGUCAGGAACAGUCCCAUGCAAGCAAAAAGGCAAAACCUUUUAAGGGGAAACGGAAGAGAAGAUUUCUAAGGAAAAAUGCUAAAAUAAACUUGAAAACACAGACUAAUGAGAAUACAGAGAUGAUUCAAUCACAAGAGGCAGCAAACACUUCUGUCAAACCCUCCACUUUACAAAUAAAGACUGAACCCGAGGAAGAAAUUAUUGCAGUAAGAGUGAAGGUGGAGGAAUUGGAAACCCCCAUAUUAUCCAGCACACCAUCCAAAGAAAGCCACCAGGAAGCCUUGACAACCUUCAAACAGGAGAAGGAUGAUGAUGAUGAUGAGGAGGAGGAGGAAGAUGAGGAUGAUGACAUUUAAACCAGCACCUGAUCGUAACAAUGUUUUAAACGGAUCACUACUAUCUACUAAUAUAAAAGGUGACAUUAUGAAGCAGGUUGUCUGUUAUGUUAAUAUUAACAUUAAACACUCAUAGAUAUCGUAAUAAGCUGUUAGUUUACCCCAUUUACUCAGCCUCGUGUCCUUUUUAACCUAUUGAGUUCAUCUUUUGAAUGCAAACGAAGAUAUCUGAAUCAAAUCUGAGAGAAUUUUCAAUGUAUGUAAAUAAAAUCUUAAAUCUUUUAUCUUCUAAAGCAAUAAUGUCUCCUGAGACGAUUUGGAAUAAACCUCAUUCAAUAUCUCAAUGACGCAUCAACGUUUUGGGUGAAUUUACUUCCAACAGAGGGAUCAAAAUCAGUCAGAUUUCCUUACGAUAUGUUCAUUUGUGAGAAUUGCUUGUGAGUUCAAAGUGACAUGAGGGUGAAUAACUGUUGACAGAAUUUCUGUAUUUUCAUUUUCAGGUGAACUAACCCUUUAACUAAAGUUUUAUUUAUAACACUGGUAAGAUGUAACUAGCCAAACUUGGGUGCAAAAGAAAAUAUGUUAUCAUAUAUUAUCAUAUUGUUUAUUUUUUUCGUACGGUGUGAUUUUAAUUUUUAUUUUUUUUUUUUC